AUCAAAAGAAGUCUGGAGCAGCAGAAGUCGGACUUCUGUAACACACUACCAAAAAAAACAUGUGGCAGCAAAGAAAGCAAGGUCUGAUGUCCAGGGCCAACCACAGCAGGCUACCCCGCCACGAAGAUUAUCGACAGUAUGUUCAGUCCCCCCACUCCAAAUUUUGGACACACCUCCAAGACGUGAACCACACUCCCCUCAUCUUGAUUCUUCUAGUCCUGGUAACAGCAUCCCUCCGCAGCAACAGCAACUCAAUGACAUGGAUGAGACCAUCAUGUUAGAAAUGCAGCCAUUAAGCCAAGGAAUCAGGCCCCCAGCACCUAUGAGUACACCACCACAGCAAAGCACACCACCACCACAACACAGCCCAACAACACCAGUAACACAAGGCCCUGAUCACGUGUUUUGGAACAUUUGGGCUAGACAGCAGGCCACUAAUGAAGAUUGCCUGCUUAGGCAGACACAAAUGUUUGCAAGCCUACCAUGUCACCUCAGAAGAAUAACCAGAAAUAUGAGUAGACAAAAUGAACAAACCACGAGAAUUGGCAGUACCAUGGAACUCAUGCAUGCAGACAUUACACAGGUCAUGGGCAACUUACAGCGCAUAAUGGAAGAACAGCACAGACUAAUGGAAGAACAGCACAGACAACAGCAAAGCUAUGUGAACAUUUUUCAAAACAAUCAAAAGAUAAAUGAAACUUUAUUCCGAAUUGUAGACAAUCAAAAUGCUGCUACACGUGAACUCAAUGCCACCCUCACUAACCUCAAUGAAACACUCAGAUCCAUGCACCAACAGCAAACAAGCAGCAGUUCUGGUACGACUACUCCAAAUAUCACGCCAGUGUCAUCACCACCAAGACGCUCCACCAGAGCACGCCAACAUGACAGUGGUACAGGCAAAGGGCAGGACAAGCAGCCACUUAAAAAAAAUUAACAAAUAAACCUCACAUUUUUAAUUUCAGAGAAGUACAUCAAAAUACUUAGUAAGUGUAUGUUUGUCAAAAUAGAUAUAACACUUAGCUCCUUGACAAUUUGUACAACAUCAUUAAUUAUAAGUGGUCUAAACAACAACAGGAAAUUUGUACGCACAUUUAUUCUUUACCAUCUUUUAAUUUUUUUGGAGGAGGGAAAUGUUGUUUGAGCUGCACAUAGAUGUUAGCAGGAAGUAACCAGACCACUUGAUUUUUUUCUAAUCAUUACUGUUUCUAGAUUCCAAUCAUUCUCAUAUCCUGCAGACACAAUAAUUGGCAGCCAGGCAGAAUGUCUUUAGCAGGAAGUAAACAGACCACUUGAUUUUUUUUCUAAUCAUUACUCUUUCUAGAUUCCAAUCAUUCUAAUAUCCUGCAGACACAAUAAUUGGCAGCAAGGCAGAUUCAUCCAUGACCAAUACAAAUUACAAUGUGAUUGUUAACUUUUUUACCUUUCUUCUCUAUACAACAUUACAAGAAUAACACAAUUGAGUUGGCUAAAACAGUUUUAAUAUGUUGUGAUUGAAUUUAGAUAAUUCAGUGCCAAAAUGAAUGUCAUUAUUGUUGGGCCAUGUUUGUGUGUGUUAAAAAUGAGUAAUCAGUUUCUUACACAUGAUGCAGAAAUAAAGAAAUGCUACUUUUAAAACCCCCCCACAAAUAAUGUGUAUAAUAAUGUAUAUAUGUGGCAAAC